GCACCUUAGCUUAUUUGUUUCUCUGACCCGUCUAGAGUGGACUUUACAGAUGAAUAACAAUACAGAAAUUAAUAAUCUCCCGGGCAUGAGGGGCCACCUAUGUGUCCUUUCUUACAGUUCAUUGUCGGCCAGUACCCCCCCUGCCCCGGAUCACAGCACUCGUCUGUCUCCUCGCAGGACCCGUCCGCCAGACCCAUAAUUCCCCGCGCCGAGACAAGAUGGAGGAGAGCAGCAGCUGCUGGAGAACAAUGUUUGGGCUUUGAAGACUUAAAGGAACGACUCAGAGUAAGAAAAAUACAAACUGAGAGAGCCAGCGGUGGUCAUGUACUGGGCAUUUCCGGUUGGCUCCAGUUAACUUUCCCGAGGAUCGCCAUGAGUAUUAUCCAAGACAAGCUAGGCAACGAGUUCCUGCGCAACGGGGGCAUGGAGCCCAACUUUGCGCCGGGCAUGAUCAUGUUCAGCCACCUGCCGCCGGUCACCAGCUUCACGCGCAUCGCGGCGCAGUCGGUCAUGCAGGACCUGCCGCCGCAGGAGAUGGUGCUGAAGAAGGAGCGCGACUCGCCCGACUGCAGCGGCGACUACGUCCACAGCAUGGGCAUCAAGCAGGAGAUGACGGAGCACGACUACCGCCUGCCCCUGUACCCCAGCGGCGUGGGGAAGAGCGCCGACCUGCUGGAGGUGUCGCUCGGCAACCACCACCAGAACCUGCUGGUGCACGAGUUCAGCCUUGGCAAUCUGUCGGGGAGAUUAGUAAAAGAGUCUUCGGGGAAAAGAGGGCGGAGGUCAAACGGUGACGGACAGGAGGGGAAGCCCCGGAGGAAACGCGGGGACUCCUCAAAGUCAAUGAUGCUGGACGGUGAUGCGGGGAGCCUGUCCCCUGGCUCCAAGCCACACAUCUGCGAGCACUGCAACGCAGCCUUCCGCAGCUCCUACCACCUGCGCAGACACGUGCUCAUCCACACAGGAGAGAGGCCUUUCAGGUGCAGCCAGUGUAACAUGAGCUUCAUCCAGAAGUACCUUCUGCAGCGGCAUGAGAAGAUACACAGCGGUGAAAAGCCCUUCAGCUGUGACCAGUGUAACAUGCGGUUCAUUCAGAAGUAUCACAUGGAGAGGCACAAGAGGACCCACAGUGGAGAAAAGCCAUACAAAUGUGACACCUGCCAACAGUAUUUUUCAAGGACAGACCGAUUGCUGAAGCACAAAAGAACCUGUGGAGAAGCCAUAAAGAAAGGGUUGGAUCCUGGAUCGUCAGACCAGGGUAACGGCGAAAUGGGACAGAGCAGCUACGCAAUCACUCAGGGAAAUGCAAGUGCUUCUGGCCGCAAGAGGGGCAAAUCCAAAAACUCUGGGGAGGGCGGCGAACGCAAGAAGAAGAAAGCCAGUGAGGCGCAGGUGGCGGGAGGCCUCGGCCUGCAGAACUAUGGGGUGAACCCAGGCGCGGCCUCCAGCAGCGGCCUUUCCGGCCCCAGCAUGCAGAGCCAACAAGGCCGCACACCCAAGCUGGUCUUCAAGAAGGUCAACCGCAAGGGCCUGGACAAGGGCUCCCUCUCCCUCGGGGAGGCCUCCGACGGCCUCCACGGCCAGAAGCUGCUGCCUGAGAAGCCGGGCUCCAUGGACCUGGCGGGGGGCUCAGGCAUAGACAGUAUGGGGCUCUUGCAGGGCUCCAGUGCCAAGCAGGGCCCCACCAGCAGCAGCAACUACGAUGACGCCAUGCAGUUCCUGAAGAAGCGGCGGUACCUGCACGCAGCCAACAGCGCCUCUGACUACGAGGUGGGCGUGGGCCACCUGUCCUCACAGCAGACGGUCAUCCAGGGCGUGGUGUCGGGCGUGAUGGACAGCGAGGCGCCCCUCAACCUGCUCGACUCGUCGCCCAUGAGCGUGGACAUCAAGCACGACAAGUCGGGCAUCCCCGACGAGGUGCUGCAGAGCCUGCUCGACCACUACACCCAGAAGCCCGACGGCUCGCACGACGUCCCCUUCGACAUCAGCGACCAGCACGUGGACCUCCACCCGCCCGCCGACGCCGCCGAGCUGGGCCAGGAGGAGGACGCUCCCAACCCAUCGGGCGACAAGGCGGUCAUCAUGCACGAGUACUCGCGCUUCCUCCUGCAGGCCCUGGAGCGCACCAGCCACAGCAGCAGCUUCCCCCUGGGCCCGAGCGGGCCCUUCCCGCCCCUGCCGUCCGGCAGCACGCACCCCGGCGGCAGCCCCCUCUUCUCCGACAAGCACGUCUACACUACGUCCCCCCUGGAGUGCGGCUUCAGCCAGUCUGUUACCUCAGCCCUGCCCAACUCCUUGCCAAAGUCCCACUUCGGGAUGCUGGUGGGCUCCUCCCAGCCCAGCUUCCACCUGAGCAGCCUGGAGCCCACUCACCAGCAGCUGACACCCUCUCAGGAGCUCACCGACCAGAUCGAGAAGCAGCACUCCCCCUCCGCCUACCAGAUCGCGCCUCAGGAGCUGGCCGGCCAGAAGGACCCGCGGCCCAAGAGCAGCUCUGGCUACCAGCUGCCCUCACAGGAACUGACCCCGAUGGACUCCUCCAAGGGCGUGGACAUUCGGUCCUCCUACCAGAUCGAGAACUUUGCUCAGGCCUUUGGGUCCCAGUUCAAGUCGGGCAGUCGAGUCCCGCUGACAUUCAGCACUGACUCUAGUGGAGAGGUUGACCACCGAGUAAGGACUCCCGUGUCAGAAUUCUCAGGGUAUACUAGUUUGUUAGCUGAUGUCAAUGAGCCAGUUAGUUCAGGAUCCAAGACCCCAACAAGCCAAAGCUACAGGUAAGGUCCGAGGUGGUAGACCUAGUUGGAGGUUUGUUUGGUUUUCUUAUGUUAUUAUUAUUUUUUUAAUAAGGUUAUGUUUUAAUUAUUACACUGCCAUUAUAAUGUUUAUAUGAAAUCCUACCAGGAAAGGUCUGCAUGGCCUCCUUCUAAUGCAAUUUUUUGGUUUCUUUUUUUAUCAGUAUUUAGUUGGUUUUAUUCAUAUUAGUGUAAAAUUAGGUCUGAUCGUUAAAUGAUAGAUUAAAAGUACUUUUUAAGCAAAAAUAGAGGGUAGCAAAGGACUGGCUUGAUUUUUUCCCCAUGAACCUAUGUGUUUUAGCAAUCAACUUUACAAUUGUAAAAUUAAUAAUGAUAAAAGGUAAUGGCAGGGAAUAGCCCAGAGUUGAAAUAGCAAAAAAAGAUAUUGUCUGUUACAAGGAUUUAAAGUAUAACUCAGGAAAAAGUGUAAUAAGGAGAAUUUUAUUAUGAGAUGCAGCAAGAGCACUCUUUUUAGAGGUGUAAGUUUGCAAUUACAAAGAAGAGGCUUUGUUUUUUUUUAUUCCUUUAGAAUCGAGUGCAACGAAUAAUAAAACUGCUGCCUGUUCGGUUACACUGAAAACACUUUCCACUUAGCUAUAUAGAGAUUAUGGUACUUUUUUGUCAAUGUGAAACACUCAUGUUUCUUUCAAUAAGGGCCAUAUAUAUUUAUAAAGAUAUAUAUAUAACAGAAUGAAUUGUUCUGGGGGACUGCAACAUGAGAAAGAAGGGAGUGUGAAAGGAGGGUCAUGUGGUCAGAUUUUUUGGAGGAAAAAACAUGCCCAAGCCAGUCUGAUACUGGGUUGAGUGUAGACACACAGUAGCUCAGCUUGUAUGGAAUUGUGACAGUGGCGUGCGGUGCAUCGUGGACAGGGAAGGGGCGCUUGAGAGGCUCCCUUACCCAAAAAUGGACGGUCUGGUUUUUCUGCCGCCCCAGCACCCCUUUGACACAAAUAUCCUUGCGCCACUUGUAGCGGCAAUGUAGAUCCACUGAUACGCAUGGCUGAUCGUCAUUCCCAGCCAGUGCUUGGGAGGCUGGCAUGUACCGAUGGCCAGCCUUCUUUUCUUCUACAACAACCUCCCACCCCUCGUCCUCCUCCUUCAUACUAUCUUAAAGAAUCCAGUGAGCACUUUUUUCCCCAUUUUCCAUUGAACAAAUGACCCAGUCAGACAGUGGAUGAAACUAAAGAGAAGAACUGACUUGCUUUUUAAACAGAUGUUGGUUAAGGAUAAUGUG